AUGAACAACAUCAUUAAGUAUGGCUCUAUUUCUGCUAUUCCGCUCUAUAAUUGCAGCGCUCACUCUCCUGAAGAAUGGUCUCAAAAAGAUGGAGUCCAGCGUCCAAUUGUUGGAAUCAUCGAAAUGACUUACGGCAUUGUCGUAAACCUUCUCUACAUCCCAAUGAUUUCCGUGAUGAUGGAGAAAGAGCAAUUCAAAAUGUCUUGCUUCAAAAUCAUGACUUUCUUGACUAUUAUAGAUAUUUUUGCAUUGACGGUCAAUUCAAUCAUAACGGGAUUCCUGUCCUAUCAUGGUGCCGUAUAUUGUACCUAUCCUAACUUUAUCUACAUUUCCGGAAUGGCCGGAUUGGGUCUUUGGUGUUGUUCUUGUAUUAUCGCAAUGUCUUUGGUGACAAAUCGUCUCUUGGAUUUGAUUUGUCCAUCAGUGGGAGCAUUCUUCUUCGAUGGAAAUCGCACAUUUCUUGUUUUGACUUUACCAGUGAUUUAUGGAUUGUAUUUUGUGUUUUUCACAACUCCAAUUGCUUUUUCUUCGAAAUAUCUGACUUGGUUCUUUGAUCCACUUAUUUUUGAAGGAAAGCAGUCGGAGUACUCCAACUUUCCUCACUUUUUCAACAACAUCAUGGUUGUUGCAUUCACCUGCUGCCUCUACAUGGUCUUCUGUUGCGCCCUAGGGACCAAACUCAAAAACGUGGACGCUGGCUCGGCGGCUCAAAAAACAAGCACCCAAAUAUUCUUUCAAUCUGCAAUGAUUUGUGCAGUCAAUCAAGUGGCUUCAGUGAUUUAUGUGUCAAUGAAUUUCAUCGAUGUCCCGUUCUGGCUUAUUGUUCUUGGACACGUUCUAUGGGAGUUGGGACAUGGUGCACCUGCGUUUAUUUAUAUGAACUUUAACAGAACUUUAAGAAAUGGGAUACUGAGAAAAUUGGGGUUGAAGAAGUCGAAAGUCAACACUAGUACUGCUCAUCACAGUGGACGGACUAAUGUCAGCAUUGCUCACUAA